AUGAAUUCCAUACUCCGGCCCACACGUGGGAUCCGAAUCUCUUCGGUGUCAACCAGCACCUUAUUAUCCAAAUGCCAUUUCAGCAACCCCUCUAAUCAAGGGCGUGGCAGUUAUCAAAAGAGAUCUCAAAGGCCUGGCUUUGGACGUGCUGAGAGUAGACUCUUUAAGGUAUCUGAGGAAGUGAGAGAGGCUACGAUGUAUGAGAAACCAGUUGUAGCUUUGGAAACCACCAUUUAUACUCACGGAUAUUCAUAUCCUGAUAAUGUCAAGUUGGCCCUCGAUUUAGAGGAUGUUGUUCGUCUUAAUGGAGGAAUUCCAGCAACAAUUGGAAUUUUGGACGGUGUUGCACGUGUGGGAUUAAACAAGGAGGAAUUGAUUGCUAUUGCAUCUGCCGCUGGUAAACCGGAGACUAUGAAGGUUUCUCGUAGAGAUUUACCUUAUAUUUUGGGAUUGGGGGUCACCGGACGCAAGAUUACUGGUGGUACUACAAUUGCUGGUACCAUGAUUCUAGCACGUAAAGCUGGAAUUAGUGUCUUCGGAACUGGCGGUCUAGGUGGCGUUCAUCGUGGAGGUCAGGACAGUAUGGAUAUUUCUGCCGACCUCACUGAACUUGGACGUACCCCAGUUGCCGUGAUCAGCAGUGGUUGUAAAAGCUUUCUGGAUAUUCCUCGGACAUUGGAGUAUCUAGAGACUCAAGGAGCCGGCGUCUUCACAUUUGCAGAUGGACGUACUGGACCGAUCGACUAUCCGGCAUUUUUCACUCGUGAUAGUGGUGUUAAAAGUCCUAUGGUUGUUCAAAAUGCUGAAGAAGCUGCUGCCAUUAUCUAUGCCCAGGACUUUUUCAGACCUGCUAGCGGUUUUCAUUUUGCAAAUCCAAUUCCUGAAGAAUUCUCUCUUCCCAAAUCUGAAAUUGACAAGGCAAUCGAUCAAGCAGUCCAAGAAGCCGCCGAACAGGGCUUCCAUGGCCACUCAAAUACUCCCUUCAUUUUGGCAAGGAUCAAAGAACUUACAAAGGGUAAUAGCACUGCAGCAAAUCGGGCAUUGAUAGAAUCCAAUGUCAAAAUAGCGACAAAAGUAGCAGUUGAGCUUUCUAGGUUAAGAACACGCGGGGAAAACACUAGUAAAGUCCUCACACGGCCUUCCUCUACAGCGAAUAUAAACAAGAUAGACCCCAAUCACCCUAGCUUAGAACUGUCCUCUUCCAGUGUCUCUACUUCAAAGCCCAGCAUAGUCGUUGUAGGCUCAAUAGCUAUAGAUCUCGCUUGUGACUAUACUCCUCGUACCACGCAAUCGACAGGGGCUUCUUCUCCUCAGAUGCAUACAUCGAAUAUCGCGAAAAUCCAUUCAUCGAUAGGUGGUGUUGGUUAUAACGUCUUACGUGCAGCUCAACUUAGUAGCAAGGAGCCAGUCAGUCUAUAUACCUUUAUUUCUGAUGACCAGGCUGGAAAAUCGAUACUUCAAAGCCUACAAAGCAAUGGAAUCAAUACCGAUGAUAUCACAAUAUGUUCAAAAGGCACUGACUACCGCACAGCUCAGUAUGUCGCCAUUAACGAUGGAAAGAAAGAUCUCGUCAUAGCCAUGGCCGAUAUGGAUAUAUUUGCUAGGCCAUCCAAUGACUCAUCCAUUCGAACCAUUCACAGCAAACUAAAGUCUCUUAUAUCUUCCACAAAAUGGGUCAUCAUAGACGCAAAUUGGCAAUCAGAAGUCAUUCAAGAGUUCUUGAGCGCCACGAAAUCAUCUUCAUCUUCCAUCAAGAUUGCAUAUGAACCCGUCUCAACCAUCAAAUCCGCACGUCUUUUUGAACGCCCUAUCAGCUCAUCUCUCAGGGCCAAUAAACUUCCCGUCUUCCCAAACAAUAUUGUGGAUCUCGCAACUCCUAAUGAGCAUGAACUUACUUCUAUGCACGAUUCCGCCACUACCCACGGUAAAUUCGAGACUGACGAAUGGUGGCAAACAAUCGAUGCUCUUGGUAUUCCUAGCACCGGUGCUCGAGAUCGUUUCGUACAGAUGACAUCCAAGGAUCUCACUGACCAAGGAAUUCCUGUCAAAGCUGUUCAACUACUUCCUUAUAUUCCAACUCUUCUUACUAAACUUGGGUCUCAAGGAGUUUUACUAACUUCUAUAUUAUCGCCUACUGAUCCACGACUUCGAGAUCCGGAUCAUGCUCCAUAUAUCCUAUCGCGUUGUACUAAUGGAAAUGAAGAAGUGGGUGGUGUAUACAUGAGGUUAUUCCCAGCGGCAGAGAAGGUUGAAGAGGGUGAUGUGGUUAGUGUUAAUGGGGUUGGUGAUACAUUUAUGGGUGUCUUGAUAUCGGGGUUGGCGAGAGGGUGUGAAUUGGGAGAUGGAUUGAUUGAGAUUGCACAGAAGGGAGCGGUGAUGACAUUGAAGAGUAGUGAGAGUGUUAGUCCUGAAGUUGGAGAGUUGAAAGAGAAAUUAGAUGAGUUGUCUCGACGAUGA